UUGCAUACAAAAUUUAAAUAAACACAGAAAUAUUAGGCGUGAAGAUCUUCAGGCUGGUGGACGAAUAUCGCCAUGAGCCGCAAGCGAGAAAACCCUACUUUUCCCGCCACGCUCCGUACUCUCAGUCCAUGCCCAAGAGGCGUCGACCUCUUCCCGAUCCUGCUCUGGACCCUACCGCCGAUGAUGCCGCCAACAAGCACGCAACAAGACCGGCGCCGCCUUGCGCGGUGGUGGUUAUGGGUCUCCCUUUGGACUGCUCUGUUCUCGAUCUCAAAUCCCGAUUCGAAAUCUACGGUCCCAUUUCCCGCAUCCGCAUCGACCGUGACGGAGUUGGCUACAUUACCUAUCGGUCCAAGGAAUCUGCCGAUUCCGCCAUAGCUGCUGCCGUUGACCCUUCCUUCGGCAUCACCGUCAGCUCGAAAAGGGUGCAGGUAUUGUGGGCGACUGAUCCUCUGGCCUUGUGGAGGGAAGGAGUAGGUAACAGUAACAAGGAGAAGGGAUCGAUGUCAAAACUUGUGCGGGCUGAGAUACCUUUGAGCAGACAUGGAAGAAGUAAUAAACUCGCCUCAGCUAUAGUGAAUCCCAAAAAUAGUGAGUCUGGCUCAAGUCGAGACGUGCCUUUCCCGGCCAGAGAAAUCGUCGCUUAUGAUGACAUUCUGUAGCCAACGGGUUAUCCCAGUUUGUAUUGUAACAAUUAUUCAUAGAUUAGUUUUAGAAAUUAUAAUUUUUUAAAAUUAUUCUCAGAAGUAAGUAACUAGCGAAAGCUGAAAGCGCAAGUCUGAAAUUUUCUAUCCGUAGUGGAGAGUUGUUACAUGGAUCUGGUAUUACCGUUUGAGGUUUUCUACGUGUAAUGUAUUUCAAGAUGUACAAUGCGCUUCUAUUAUUGUUCAGGUAAAUUUUAAUUCAGCAAGUUAGCAGGAAUGAUUUCUUCUACAA